AUGCGCGCUCGCGCACUCGGUGCUGCAGUUGACCUAUCCACUGCCCUUUCUUACUCGUCUGGGACGCGCUCGUACCUUUCGUUUACAAAGCUCCACGAGCUCCCUGUAGAUCCUACUGCAGACACGCUGUCACUCUUUGCUGUAUAUAUGUCCAGUUAUAUUAAGCCCACCUCCGUCGACUCCUACCUCUCGGGUGUGUGCAACGUGCUCGAGCCCUUCUAUCCCGAUGUCCGCAAGAAUCGGAACAGUGCCCUGGUCCGCCGCACCAUCAAGGGCUGCAAACGCCUCUAUAGCUCCGCCCCCGAACGAGCUGAAGCCCUCACGCUCGAGGACCUCGCGCGGGCUAGCCAUACCCUCGUUUCCCCUUCGCAUGACGACCUUGCAUUCCUCGCCAUGCUGCACGUCGGGUUUUUCGGCCUCCAUCGCCUGGCCGAACUCACCGACCACGAUACGCCGAAGCUGCGCAACCCGCGCAAGACCAUGCGGCGGUCCACGGUCAAGUUCGCCGACGACGGGACCUCCUUCAGCUACUGGCUCCCCACACACAAGGCCGACGCCUUGUACGAGGGGAACACUGUCCAUAUCCUCCGCCGCGACGACGGCCCCGACCCGAUGUCCGUUUUCCGGGCUUACCUCGCGUCUCGGGACCGCCGGCCCUUCGCGCUCUGCCCGCAGCUCUGGCUGCUCGCCGACGGGCGUGUACCGACCAGGUCGUGGUUCACCAGCCGGCUCCGCCAGCUUUUCCCCAAUUCCGGUGUCGGUGGGCACUCUAUGCGCCCGGGUGGCGCCACGUUCUUCGCACUCGAAGGUUACCCGGACGACCGCAUCCAGGGACUGGGACGGUGGACGAGCGACGCGUUCAAGAUGUACAUACGCAAACACCCGGCACUACUGCAUGCCCUCUUGCUCGCGCGCUCGCGGCGAGAUGGUGCUAAUGCAGGUACCGCCGCAUAG